AUGGUUAACAGCGCUCCGGCCACCACUGCAAACGUCAUUAUCGGGAUACCAGAUGGACAGCUUCAGAACUUAAUCCUUACCCAAUCGACCCUCUGGCUCUUCAAGGCAACAGAUAUUGCAGGCCACGAAAUCAUCUACGUAGGCUCCGUGGGUUUCAACACUCUUGUAUCUUCAACGACCGAGCUUCUAGGCGCAGCGAAACUACACGCAACUACAACCAAUGCGGCUGGCUCGACUAUAACAGGUGUAGCCGAAGUCACGACUGCUAGCCAAAGCAGAAUAACGAUUAUAGUACCCGAGUCUGCUGUUUCAAGCCUGUCGUCAACGCCGCCAAUCUUUGCUUCUACAUCGGUAGAUGCCAAUGUGCAGCCCAUCACCAAUCUUGGACCAAUCUUUGUCAGAUCCAAUGAGAGCACUUCCACGGUCAUCCUGGAAGAUGCCCUCUCAACGUCUCACCUCACCACGUUGGACUCUCAAGGCUUCACGAUUGUCGAGGUUAUAGGAGUGUUCACUAAACCAAACGGCAAUGUGGUCACUACCGCCCUGUCUUUCGCGGGCAGGAUUCCUUCGCUUGCGCUAUCUAAGGCCACUGCAACUGCAUCCUGCCUGUCAGGCUGUGUCGACUACGACUGGCUCUCAAACCUCAUUCGGAACACUCUCUGGCAAAAGGCACCAGGGGGGGCAACCGUACAAGCAGCAAUCAAUGUCGCGGUUGAUACUACGAUAUCAAUGACUGACAAGGCACCUUCGACGUACUCAGUCAGAGCGCGCAGCAACAGCACGAUUUUACUCUCAACUGCUGGUGUUGGAGGCCUACUUUUGGCUGUGCAAUCUGAUAGCGCGAUUCUGAGGGGUAGCUCCGCUCUGUUGGGGGAGCAAUUGGCCACCAUUUCCACCAUACCCCCAGAAUUGUCAAUCCAGACCGUCACCGGCACGACUUGUUCUGUUGCUUUUGUAAUGGUAAUAACCACGGCGUCUGGCAGCACAGUCACUCGGAUUUUUCCGGAAUUAUGGCACAAUGGAGCCGCAUUUUUCCUUUUUGGACGGACUGAAAUACCACAAAUAUGUUCAUGGAGACUUGCUCUCUUUGGAUUCGUCCUUCAUCUCAUUCGUGAUCCUCAAACCGGCCAGUGUCCCGUUGGUGUUGAUAUCAUAACCGGUCCUCCUCCGUCCUCAGGCUCGACCGAAGACUCGACAGAAAAUCCAAAAGAUGAUACACAGCAUGAAGACGAUAAGCCAUCCAACACUCAAGACUCAUCUAAUCGUGCGGCUUCUACAAGCUCUCCCUACUCAGUGACCUCGUCCCAAAGCAGCGCUUCCCUGGCUUCCUCAACCGGAACAAGUUCGGCUACCACUGUGACUUCAAGGGCAUACUUCGGCGUAUCAACAGUGUUUGGAACGUCAAUAACCUGCUGCGAUAACUCUACCAUCAUCGGCACGACUACUCUUUGCAACUACCAAGUUGACUUCUGGUGCGACUCUUCACGCAUUCUAUUCCUCUCUCGCCUCUCAGAUAGUUGUUUACGCGGCCAACUUGACGUCACGACGUCCGCAAUAUCACAGAAUCGUUCAAUCCCUACAUCCACAGCGUCUGUAACAGCGGCACCGCUGGGUGUCGAUAGCGGUCUGCUAGGAGUACUCAAAGGUGGUACAAGCGCCGGCGAGGCAGAGCAAGCACUAUCAACAGACUCUGCCACUCCAACAUUAAUGUUGACAGCAGACAGUAACCUCGUGGGAUUAAUCCAAAGUGCCGUAUGUACCGGAGAAGCCACGCCACCAAAACUAACUCUCGCUUGCACACAAUACUUCUUCUACCCCAACGACGGACCGAACGCCUUCCUCUGCCAAUGUAACGACGGCACUUGGAGUCACCGCGUCAAACAAGACAGCUACUCGUUGUGCCCCAGCCAAGUCACAACCGUCAGCAUGAAAGUAGCCUACUACGCAGAAACCACCAUUCCACCUAGCGUCUCAUGCACCCUCGUCUAUUGCGAUCCCUGCUCGGUAGACUACCAUCCUUUCUACGAAUGUUCCAAUGACCUGUUCUUCGCGGGUGCAUGUCCGAGCUCGGUAUCCGCCGCUACAACUAAGCCCACUCUCAGCGAGCCGCUCGUCAGCGUAACCGCAGUUCUCACGAAGGGAGAACUUCAUCGUGCCAGCUACGACUUCACUAACUUCACCUCUCUCGCUCACAACGAGUACGUGCGUACCGCAGUGUAUGAAGCAUGUGGAGGAGCACGGGCUGCAGGCUUCACAGUUUGA